AUGUUGGCCUUUAGUUCGUUUAGCUUUAGCCUGUUUCUGCUGCUGCUUGUAGCUGAUGGCUUGAAGAGUUUUCCAGAAUUAGCAGAACCAGGAAACUUUGGAAUUAAUUUGAUCAACAACAUCAUUGAGAGAGUUCAGAGGGAAAGAUCCGUGGAUACGCUGUUGCUUAUGAAACGCCAGCAGGACAGCAACUGCCCUCUGCAGGAUAUCAAUUCCAUGGGAAUACCUAGUCUUCGCCUAGAUGAACGAAUCACAAUUAAUAUAAAGCAGCGCUUUAAUAGCGAGGCCCUCGCUCUGGUUUGCAUGGCCGAUCUUGGAGAUGCCACCCUGCUGAGCACCUUGGCCCAGAAUCUACAUCGCAUGAGAGAGGCGCCAAUCAUUGUGUGGCUACAUAGUAUGGACUCGGAUCUACAGGAAUUUCUGUCUAUAAUCACCCAACAGGCAGAGAAAUAUAGUUUGAUCAACCUCUUGGUUUUUCGUACAGGCUUGUAUGCUCUCGAAGACUCGAUAAUUGUCUAUAGAUUACAACCAUUUCCCAAUGCAACUCUCAAACUUGUGGCCAUAACAGUGCCUAGUCUCUCUCCACCGUCCAGUUAUCUGCUCUCGGACAAGCGCACGGGCAGCAAGUACCUGGACGGCCAAAUGGUUCGACUCGUAAGGGAGUUUGCCCGGAAACAUAACAUACAGCUCCGGUUGCAAAGAGCUGAGAAUGAGAGUAUUUGGAUCGAUAAUCACAGUAUUGAGAAAAUGAUAUCGAAGGGUGAAGUGGACUUCCCAAUGCAUGGACGCAUAAACACAUUAAACAUAGAAUCUACGCCCUAUGUGGAUAUCAGUCAAAUAUUUAUUGUCGUGCCCUGCGGCCAGGAAAUGAGAUUAAGUGAUGUUUAUAGAAGUAUGAGAACCUACUUUUUUGUGAUGCUUGGCGUCUACUUUCUGUUUGCGCUGAUCGAAACAACGCUCAAGCUGGCCAGCCAGCACAUCUGGCGGCGCAGCUCGUGCCUCGGCUAUUCAACAUUUUUCAUAAAUCUGCACUCAUUUGCCGGGGUGCUGGGUCAUCCCAUUGGCUUGCGUCGAUAUCGAAGCCCAUCACUGCGACAGUUCCUCAUGGUUAUGAGCAUUUUCAGUCUUGUUUUCGGCUGUUAUUUCAAUGCCAACCUGAGCGCUCUGCUGACCAAGCGGCCCUGCUAUCGACACGCCCAGAACUUCGAGGAGCUGGCGGAAAGCGGCUUGCCCGUCAUAUACGACAGAAUCAUUGCGAAUGUGACGGAUGUGCACAUGAAAGAUCAAAUUUUAAAAAUACCCAAUAUUGUUUUCACGCCGAACAAUCAACGCAACGAUAUGAUGUUUGCCCUGAACUCGAGCAAUGCCUAUCAGGCACUCAGCAAGUUGUGGGAUAUC